UAGAUACUAUUUUAGAGAGAGAGAGAGGGCUUUCGGUGCCGAAAGUGGAGAGGGUGUAGAGAGAGGAGAGAGAGAGAGAGAGAGCUCACAUUCUCUGUAUCAGAGGCGACGAAACCACCGGCUAAUCUCCGUGCUGUAGAUCUGAGAUUCUUGAGACAAAGAGAGGCAGUGAUAGAGAUUAGAGAGUAUGAGUAGCAGGCGCGGCGGCGGCAGCAAUGGCGGCGGACUGCAAUCAAUUCCGGUGGCGUCCAGGAAGAUGGUGCAGAGCUUGAAGGAGAUUGUGAACUGUCCGGAACCUGAGAUCUACGCCAUGCUCCAGGAGUGUAACAUGGACGCCAACGAUGCCGUUAAUCGCCUUCUUUCUCAAGAUCCUUUUCAUGAGGUGAAGAGCAAACGAGAAAAAAAAAAAGAGAAUAAGGAUACAGCAGAAUCCAGGCCUCGAGGCUCUAGUAACACUUCAAGCCGUGGACUUAGGGGUGGCACUGACCGUUAUGCUGUCCAUGGUGGCUCAAACCAGCUCAGUUCGUCUGAGCCUGGGACUUUAUAUGGUAAACAUGCAUACAAGAAGGAAAAUGGAAUGAAUAAUCAUAUAAUCCUUGCAUCUGUAUCCUCUGGAAUGGCAGGAAAUAAUAUGCAUCGAUCUCCAAUGCAGAGUGAUCCUGUUACCACUCAAAGUAAAGCAAUGACAGGCAUGCUUGAUAUUAAUUUGUUAUCCUCACAGACUUCUUCUGGAUAUCAACCUGCCUGGUCAGGAGUCCCAGGUCAAGUAUCAAUGGCUGAUAUUGUUAAGAUGGGUAGGUCUAAUGGCAAGACUUUGCACACCGCAAACCAAUCACGGUAUGGUGUAAACCACCAUGAUGUUCAGGCAUCUCAACCGAAUGCCUGGCAUCACGAUCUGUACUCAUCCAAGGAUCAUUUUACAUCUAAGGUGUCAGAACUAAACCCCGAGUCAGGAGUUGUCACAGGUCAGCAUGCUUCUGCUAAUGAUGACUGGCCUUUGCUUGAGCAGCCACCAGUUGCUAGCAUGCCUCCUGCCUUGGAGUCAUCUGUGGCUUCUGAGAUGCAUACAGAUACGUCCAUCUUGUCCUCCAAAAGAACUAAUUGGCAGCCAGAAUCCUCAAAGGAUGAGGCCAAGGCAGUAGAAGAUGCUUCUAUCGAAAAUGUGGAUACAACCUGUGUUGAACCUGCUUCUGUUUUCAGUAGAAAGAUACAGGAGGAUAAUUCUGGAGGUGCUUCCCCUUUUGACAAUGACAUAUAUAAGAACAUGGACUCCCACCUGCCUCAAGUGAGUGCUUUUGAUCAUCAGGAUGUUGAAGAAAUUGGUGCCUCAGUAACAUCAGUGACAUCAAACUUGCAGCAACUAAAUGUGCAGGAAGACUGUGAUUCACUUUCUGAAGAACGCAACCUUCCAGUAAUAAUUCCUGAUCACCUGCAAGUCCAGGAUGCAGAAUGCUUGCACUUGAGCUUUGGUAGUUUUGGGUCUGGUAAGAGUGCUACUUUUUCAGAGCCAUUUUCAUCUAGAUCCUUGACAGGUAACAUGCAAGAGGCACCUGUAGAAGCUGAUACUUCAUCAGCUGGGCAUUCAGAGACAAGAAAUCCUGAUCACUACACUGAUGAGCCUCUUGGAACUUCCACUGAUGGAAAUUUAAUUCACAGAACUGGAGCAAGUGCUGGGAGUUAUGAUCCUCCUGCCUCUGCACCACCAGAAGUGUUGAAACAGGAAAAUAGUGAGGCACCACAUGAAAAUCAAUACAUAUUCCCCUCCCCUUCUAAUUAUAACUUUGAAAGUGGCCAGCAGAAUGCUGCAUUUCCUCACUCUCAGACAAGUUCUCAUAUGCAGAAUCUUGCUCCUAUGUCAAGUGUAAUGGAGUCGUACACAAGCUCAUUACCAGGCUCUUUAUUGGCAACGAGUGUUGAGCCUGUGAGAGAGUCUGAUCUUCCUUACUCACCAUUUCCCAUGACACAAUCAAUGGCUACAAAGUAUGGUAACACAAUGCCUUCCAUCAGUGGUUCAACCAUUUCCAUGCCAGAGAUGAUGAAGACUGUUGGUUUUCCAUCAACUCAGUCAACCACACACCCCUUGCCUGGGAGUACCAUUGCCUCGGGACCUGCUCUUCCUCAACAUCUUGCUAUGCACCCGUAUUCCCAAGCUAGUGUUCAUUUGGGACCGUUUGCUAACAUGAUUGGUUAUCCAUUCUUGCCUCAGAGCUAUGCACUUAUGCCAUCUGCUUUCCAGCAAGCAUUUGCUGGUAAUAGUACAUACCAUCAAUCUCUGGCAGCUGUGCCCCCACAGUACAAGAAUAGUGUUUCUGGUAGCAGCUUGCCUCAGUCUGCUGCUAUAGCUUCUGGGUAUGGUGGCUUUGGAAGUUCAUCCAGCAUUCCCGGCAACUUCCCAGUUAAUCCACCUCCUGCCCCUGGUGCUUCAUCUAUCAGCUAUGAUGACAUGUUGAGUUCUCAGUACAAGGAGAACAACCAUUUGAUCUCUCUUCAGCAGAAUGAGAACUCGGCUAUGUGGGUUCAUGGGCCUGGUUCCAGAACAAUGUCAGCUGUUCCAGCCAGCACGUACUAUAGCUUCCAGGGACUGAAUCAGCAACCCACUGCACUUCGGCAAAGCCAGCAACCUUCGCAGAACUAUGGAGCUCUUGGGUAUCCUAACUUCUAUCAUUCACAUACCGGGAUUUCACUGGAACAUCAGCAGCAGCAGCAAAACCCUAGGGAGAUGCCCCUUGGUGGUGGUGGAUCUCAAGGCCAACCUUCUAAGCAGUCCCAACAGAUAUGGCAAAACAGCUACUAACCCAAUGACCUCUCGGUUUUUCAGGGUCUUGUAAUGAUUAGCUUGGAAGCGGCUGGUCAAGGAGUUGCUGCUGCGGCCCUGUGCCUUGAGAUCAUGGUUUUUACUUGCUUAUAAGUCGUUGGUUAAUUUUAAUGUAGGAAGAUGUGUGCUAAUUUGGAUUAGUGAACAUUCUCUUC